AUGAAGAAAUUGGAGUACCCGAUGGCGCUAACAACCCUGGAUGCCCAGCAAUGGACAGACAUUAUGUCUCCGGUACUUCAAGUGUGCCUUCCGAAGGCAGGUGUCUGUCGUAAUUUCCCUCGGGAUGUCAUAUUUGCUCCGCUGUCCUAUCACAAGGCCCAAAUGGUUGCUAAAGCUAAGGACUGGACAGACGGUAAAGCUAAGGACUGGGCAGAACAGCUUCGACCUAACCUGCUUCACAAAUAUGAUGUCCUCCCCCUCAUCAAGUCAACCAUCAUGAAGAAAUUGGAGUAUCCGAUGGCGCUAACAACCCUGGAUGCCCAGCAACGGACAGACAUUAUGUCUCUGGUACUUCAAGUGUGCCUUCCAAAGGCAGGUGUCUGUCAUAAUUUCCCUCGGGAUGUAGUAUUUGCUCCGCUGUCCUAUCAGGGUCUUGGACUCCCACAUCCGUUUGGUUGUCAAGUGUUUAAGCAUCUUGAGAUGUUGCUCCAACAUAUGGCCAACCGGACCAAAACCGGUGACUAUAUGGAGGCCAACAUCCAAGCCCAUCAACUUGAAACGGGGACGUCCUUUGGACUUUUGCAACAAGUCUACACCAACACGGCGAUCCUUGCUUCAGACACAUGGAUGAAACGAGUCUGGCAUGAGCUUGAAGGCUUGGACAUCUAUGUCGCCUACGACUCUCCAGCCCUCUCCCUUCGCUGUACGGACGACUCCCUUCUGAUGGAUCUCUUCAUCAACUUGGAGGUUGAACAGGAGGAACUGUUAUGGCUCAAUUGGUGUCGAAUGUUCCUCCAGGUAUGCACAGUGUCUGACAUUGUGACUGCUGAUGGCAGCUUUAUUCGUCGCUCCGCGUGGAAUGGGCUCAGGGAUGAGUGCUGCCGCUCGCCAUACCAAUGGCCAAGGACAGUUUGCACAACAAGGCAACACUGGGACCUGUGGCAGACCACCUUGUCCAGAGCCCUGCUUGCCUCCAACGGGCCACAUCACCCACUACAACAGCCCUUGGGGCCAUGGACUGACCGUCUGGAGGACUGGAAUUG